AAGUGCCACACUCUCUAUAAAACACAUUUGUCAUACUUAUUACAAUCAUCUUUCUCUUGUUACAUUUUAUCUCACUACAUUGUCCACUCUUCUUCUCAGUUGUACUGGCCUCUUGUUACCCGGAAAUGUCAGAUGCGAAGCCUGCCCCUCGUCCAAAGAGGUCGACACAGUUUGUGGAUUUUCUUGUCCAGUUCAGAUGGAUCGUUGUUGUCUUCUUUGUCCUUCCUUUCUCGUGCUUGUAUUACUUCUCCAUAUACCUGGGGGAUGUUAGAUCUGCGCGGAAAUCUGACAAGCAGCGUCAGAAGGAACAUGAAGAAAACGUUCAAGAGGUAGUGAAGCGUCUUCGACAGAGGGAUGCAUCAAAGGAUGGCCUCGUCUGCACAGCCAGGCCUCCCUGGGUGGUUAUCGGUAUGAGAAAUUGUGACUAUAAACGUGCUCGUCAUUUCAAAGUUGAUCUUUCCAAGUUUAGAAAUAUUCUUGAAAUCAACAAGGAAAGAAUGGUUGCUAAAGUUGAGCCUCUUGUCAAUAUGGCUCAAAUCUCUAGAGCUACCAUACCGAUGAAUCUUUCACUCGCAGUUAUUGGCGAGCUUGAUGAUCUGACUGUUGGUGGUCUGAUCAAUGGAUUCGGGAUUGAAGGAAGCUCUCACAUCUACGGAUUGUUCUCUGACACAAUCGUGGCACUCGAGGUUGUUCUGGCUGAUGGUAAGGUGGUUAGAGCUACAAAGGACAAUGAGUAUUCCGAUCUUUUCUAUGCUAUCCCAUGGUCUCAGGGGACAUUGGGCCUUCUUGUUUCAGCUGAGAUUAAGCUUAUACAUGUGAAGGAAUACAUGAGACUUACCUACAAACCUGUAAGGGGUAAUCUAAAAGAGCUAGCACAAGCUUACGCAGAUUCCUUUGCACCGAGAGACGGGGACCAGGAUAAUCCAACUAAAGUUCCAGACUUUGUAGAAGGCAUGAUUUACAGCCCCACGGAAGGUGUUAUGAUGACGGGUAGAUAUGCUUCCAAAAAAGAAGCAAAGCAAAAGGGUAGCGUAAUCAACAGUAUUGGUUGGUGGUUCAAGCCAUGGUUUUAUCAACACGCUGAAACCGCACUGAAAAGAGGGGAAUUCGUGGAAUACAUUCCAACUAGAGAUUACUGCCACAGGCACACAAGAUCCAUCUAUUGGGAAGGGAAAUUAAUUCUUCCUUUUGGUGAUCAGUUCUGGUUUAGGUAUCUCUUUGGAUGGCUCAUGCCACCCAAGGUAGCUGUUCUUAAGGCCACUCAAAGUGACUAUAUCAGGAAUUAUUACCAUGACCAUCAUGUCAUUCAAGAUUUGCUUGUUCCUCUUCAUAAGGUUGCAGAUACUCUUGAGUGGGUCGACCGCGAGAUGGAGGUAUAUCCUGUCUGGCUCUGCCCACACAGAAUCUACAAGCUGCCAGUGAAACCAAUGAUCUAUCCUGAACCAGGAUUCGAGGCACACGGGUGGCAGGGCGACACUAAGUAUGCCCAAAUGUAUACUGAUGUUGGCGUAUACUAUGCUCCUGGAGCUGUCUUCAGGGGCGAGCCAUAUGAUGGCGCAGAGAAAUGCCGUCAAGUGGAGCUUUUCUUGAUCGAAAACCAUGGAUUCCAGCCUCAAUAUGCGGUGACUGAGCUAUCAGAGAAGAACUUCUGGAGGAUGUUCGAUAGUACCCUCUACGAGCAAUGCAGAAAAAAGUACAAAGCUAUCGGAACAUUCAUGAACGUGUACUAUAAAUGCAAGAAAGGGAAGAAGACGGAGAGGGAGGUACAAGAAGCUGAACAAGAGAAGGCUGAGCUCGACACUCCCGAAGUCGAUGAGCCUGCAGAUUGAUUUUAGACAAGUUUUAGCUUCUCUAUCUGAAUUUUAAUUCCAAAUAACUAGCUAGCUAUAUUGGACUGUUAGUAAGGUAUAGAGCAGUUCAAAAUUCAGAUAAUUAAUUAAUGUUCUAAAAUAUGUGUUGAAAGACCUUUUGAAGAAGGAAUCUAGUGUUUGUUUUUUUGCAA